AUGGGAGACGCUGGUGGCGCCUUACCCGAAGACGCUGAAACAACCCUGAAUGAACCACCCUACGAGAUAAUCGAUCUGCAGGAGUUCUUCCCCACCAACACGUUUCCCAUUAAAUCGGAGACUUUGAAUCCAAACCACUCAUCAAAUUCUCCAAAUUCUUUAAGCGAAACACAUGAAACGAUGGAUGUGACAUCUAUGGGGAUAGAAGACCAGCUUUAUAAUAGUUACUUGAGUGGUGCAAUGUCUUUUGAUGAGCUUAUGAAAGAGCUUCACACAAAGACCAAUUUGGAUGAAGUAGGUAGCAAUUUCAAGAUUCCCACUCGACGUCGUGUGCGUCCUUCGCCUAGAGCUCGAACUGCGAAAUCCAGAAGGGAAUUUGAUGAUCUACUUUUCGAGCCAGAAAGCGAUUUUGAUGAUGAAGGGUUUAGAAGAAAACGAAGGGGUAAACAUUCAGCCCCUCGGAAGAAAUGGGACCUUAAGCUGGAAUUAGCCAAUUAUUUGGGGGAGGCAGAAAGGCAUUUAAACAACGGGGAUUUCGACAAGACUGAGGAAAUAUGCCGCAACAUCAUUAACGCCGCUCCACAAGCCUCUGCUCCCUACCUUGUUCUGGCCGACAUGUUUUACAGGCAGGACCGCAAAAAGGAUUCCCAAGAGGCAAGUUUGAUGGCACUUCACAUGCUACAGGCAGCAGAACGAAAUCCUCGCGAUUCUACGUUGUGGAUGAAUUUGGUUGAUUUUGCGGAGGAUGAGGGCGACCUGAAGCAGGCCAUUGUCUAUGCUCGAAACGCGAUGCGCUCUGCACGGAAUGAUACAGAGAUUCGUCACCGGCUCGUGAAUCUUCUGAUGACGACAGGUCAGGAGAAGGAGGCCCUUCGGGUGCGACUCACUGCACUCGUUUUUGGUAAAAAUAAUGAUCCUCGUAAGACCUACAAUCAGAUCGUCAAAAUCGCUGAAGAGUUUGCCGCUCUUGGUGACCCAAGUGGAUGUAUUCGGACCUAUGAAUUGGCUUUCGAGAAGCUUCCAGAGAUAUGUCCUACCAAAGAUCAGCUCCGUGUUCUUGACCUCUUUCAAGAAGGUGAUCGACCUGAAGAGGCUCUUAAGUUCUUCCUCAUGUACUGGGGCGUCUCCCUCAUAUGCGAGAAUGGACAGGUUGCCUCACCAUAUCGCGUGCCUUCCAACACUGCUGUUAUGGGGUCAAUUCGGAGAUGUGAAUUUGCAGAGGACAUGAACGUGGUUGUACUGAUCCGUUUCUUUAUCCUCAUGUUAAAGUACAACUUGGGACCCAUCAUAAAGGAUCACUUGAAUUCCCUCAUUACCUCCUCCUCCACUAAGGAGUUUCGUCGAAACCAUAAUCUCUUUUUCGAUCUGGCUAAGUCCUGCAAGUCGGCUGGUCUCAUUUCUGAAGGACUGGCCAUCGCGGGACGUCUAACUACUACGCCCAAAACUAAGCCUAAUCCCAAAGUACUGUGCCUUCUCGGUGACCUGCAAGUGGAAUCAAACCUGCACGAAGAAGCCCUCUCAACCUACCGUCACAUCAUCAAUCGGCUCGACCCACGCUGUGCUGAGGCACGUUUAGCACUGGGGAAUCUUCUUCGUCGUCUAGGUGACGAAAAGGCUGCUCUAGAAGUUCUUGAACCUUCUCUACUCCGUAUCAGUCAACCAGCUAAUCAAGAAACUUCAGUGGAAGGGGAAAUUGAGGCAGGCAAUUCUACUGAGGAUGAGGACGAUGAUGAUGACGAUGAGGGUGAUGAUAGUGAAACAUCCAACACUGAUCGCUUCUCUGACUUGGAGGAAGAUGAGGAUGAUGAGAGUGGAGGGAACAAUUCUGACGUAGCGGAGGCCGAGGCGGUGACAUCGGCAGUGGUGAGUGGUGGGUUUGUGACCACGCCAAUGCUCUGCAAUGAUCCCACCGCCAUGCGACUGGCUUUUGAGCGCUGCAAACUCCUCGAUUCGCCUACCACUGUUAAUCAGUUUCUGGAGGAGGCAUGUCGACUCCUCUUCGCCGAUGUAAUGCAGGUUUACUCCUGUGAACGACCUGGACGUGAGUCCUCGAUCCACCUUGGAAAUACUUUCUACUUAUAUGUUUUAUGUAAACGCAACUUUAUAAUUCCUCUUUCAGCCGCCGUGAUGUUUCAGUACUACCUAUCAAAACACCCUUCUGUGCAAGCGUUAGCUCAUCUAGACGAGCAGACGGAUCCAGCUUUACGCGUCUCAUCUGAGGAUCUGUGGGCGACUUGCUGUUGUCGAGUGAUUGAGAUUUUGAUUAAACGAGUUGAUUACAUCACUUUGGAUCGGUUUCUCUCCUGGGCCUCUGUGCUGCCUUGGAUUGUGGAAACGUCUUAUCGACGACGCAUGAUCACUCACCUCUACAUCAGCAAUGCGCUUCAAGUUGGGCAUGGCGAGACUGCUAUGGAGGCAAUGAGACAAAUUGAAAAGGAGUUUUCCCAUCUGAAUCAGUACUGGAACCUCCUCAACAUUGCUUCAACCACGUCUCGAGAGCUUCGACUUACGCGGUUCCUUCUUCGGCGAAUAGCGAAGGAUAGGGACAAUCUCGGUGCCUCGCUUAUGAGUUGUGGCGAUUGCAUGGCAAGGGGUUCAAGUCGCUACUCCAUAGCCCUCAUGGCUGAUAUCCGUUCGAGAUUUCCUAACAACCCUCUCGUCUCUCUCCUGCUCGCCAUCUGCUUUCUCAACAUCUCUGUUCACAAGCACCUCUUCUCUCGUCACAAAACGGUCCUUCAGGUGCGUAUUUCGAUUGCAAACUGGAAGGUGUUACACUGUGCACUUUCAGUCCCUUCCUUGUGCCUCGGAUUCCUGAGCGAAUAUCGCCAAUUGCGUGGGGAAUGUCAAGAGACCUACUAUAAUAUUGCUCGAGCUUGCCAUCAAUGUAUACUUGUCCUUCGAAGAGAUUUUUGCACCCUUGUAGUGUUGGGACACAUGGCUAUCCCUUGCUACGAAAAGGUUCUUGAAAUGGAACCGGUUGGUUCUACAGAGGAAGAAAAGCGGCUUCUCGAUUUGAAGAUGGAAGCAGCGUACAAUCUGCAGUUGCUCUACCAGCAAAACAAGAAUCCAACAAUGGCGAGGUACAUUAUGCAGAAGUACCUUGUGAUUGAGUGA